UCACUUGCUUUUGGUUCUUGAUUUUUGUAGACACAGUUUGGUUUUUGUCUUUGACUCUUUACACAUACCAGAAUUUGAGUGUUUUUAAAAUCUUGAAAAUCUUCCCUAAAGCUUCAAGACACAAUUUUUCCUCUUUUUCUUGAGGAAAACUCAAAAGGGUAUGUCCUGAAUUAGUGUUAGGAAUCAAGAGUUGAGAUAUAUUGGAGGAAUUUAGUAGUAAUAAAUAAAGAUGAAGAUUCAGUGUGAUGUGUGUGAGAAAGCUCAAGCUACUGUGAUAUGCUGUGCUGAUGAGGCAGCUUUGUGUGCAAAAUGUGAUAUUGAAGUUCAUGCUGCUAAUAAAUUGGCAAGUAAGCACCAAAGGCUUCAUCUUCAGUGCCUCUCCAACAAGCUUCCUCCUUGUGAUAUUUGCCAAGAUAAAGCAGCCUUUAUCUUCUGUGUUGAGGAUAGAGCUCUCUUUUGCAAGGACUGUGACGAAGCAAUUCAUUCAGCCAGCAGCCUCGCUAAGAACCACCAGCGCUUCCUAGCCACUGGAAUUCGUGUAGCCUUGAGCUCAAGCUGCAAUAAGGAUGCAGUAAAAACCCAACUGGAGCCACAACCACCUCAGCAGAAUACCCAACAAGUUAGCUUGAAAAUGCCUCCACAGCAAUUGUCCGGUAUCACAUCACCAUCUUGGCAAGUUGAUGACUUACUAGGAUUUCCAGAUUAUGAGUCGAGUGACAAGAAGGAGCUACUUGAGCUGGGUGAAUUUGGGUGGUUGGGAGACAUUGAUCUAUUUGGUGAACAAACAGCAGCUGAAGUACCCGAGCUAUCCGUACCUCAGCCGAGCAACACAAAUAUUUACAGGACAACCAAAUAUAACAUGCAGCCUUACAAGAAGCCUAGAAUUGAAAUCCCAGAUGAAGAUGAGUAUUUUACAGUCCCAGAUCUUGGUUAAACUCCAACUUCAAGAAGUUCCUACUUAAAAGUACAUAUGUGCUUGCGUGUAGUACUUAAUCAGUGUACUCAUACUGUCAACAGAUAUGUUCAUAAGUAGAAGAAAUAUUAUUCUGCUUUAAGAUUUUCUUUAUCUUACUUUUGCAGUGCACUCAUAUUGUCAACAGAUAUGUUCAGUAAGUAGAAGAAACAUAGUUCUGGUUAA